UGCUCGCCCAACAUCAGGGUGAUCACACUAGAUGUAAAUGGCUUAUCGCUUCACGCCUCUGUUUGCAACACUCUCCAUGUCAAUAAAACAUGGUGCUGAUUUACCCGUAAUCCUUCCACCCAAGAGGUGCUGGUCGCACAACCAAUCAGAUCCUAGCGAACACAUUCCUUGCACUUUGGAAGUUUGCGCUUUCUGGGCUUGGCACAUAUAUGCAUGUUGCAAAUCAUCCAAGCGAGGCUGCAGUUUGGUGAAGAGCGAGUUUGGGUGAUGCGCGGUACGAUGAAGUAGACGAGAUAAGGCAGAAUUGGAG